AUGGCUUGGGGCCGGCUCUGUGGGAAGAUCCUCCCCCAGCGGUGCUGCAGAGCUGGGAAGCUGGGCUUGGUCACCAUCGGGGCCCUGGGGCUCUGCUUCCUGCUGGACCCCACCAAGCACUCGGGGCCCAGCACCGACCCCAGCCCCACCGUGGCCCCCAGCCUCCCCCCGACCCACUCCCUGCCCAUCGCCGCCCCCUGCGUGGCCAACAGCUCGGUGCACAACAUCUCCGGCUUCGAGGAGCUGCCCCAACAAGUGAAGGACUUCAUGAGCUACCGGCACUGCCGGUCCUUCCCCCAGCUCCUCAACGUCCCCGGGAAGUGCGGGGGACCCCAGGGGUCGUCCAACAUCUCCCUCCUCCUGGCCAUCAAGUCAUCGCCGGCCAACUACGAGCGGCGGGAGGUGAUCCGCAAGACGUGGGGGCAGCAGAGGACCUUCGAAGGGGCGCAGAUCCGCAGGGUCUUCCUCAUCGGGGUGUCCCCCAACGCCCGCGAUGCCAGGAAGCUCAGCUGGCUGCUGCACCUGGAGCAGCGGGAGCACAGGGACGUGCUGCAGUGGGACUUCAGCGACACCUUCUUCAACCUGACGCUGAAGCAGGUGCUCUUCCACACCUGGCUGGAAGAGCACUGCCCCGGUGUCCACUUCAUCUUCAACGGGGACGAUGACGUCUUCGUCAACACGGACAACGUGGUUCACUUCAUAAAGACCUCCCAGGGCAACCAGCACCUGAUGGUGGGCUCCGUCUUAAUCAACACAGGGCCUAUCCGGGAUAGGGGCAGCAAGUACUUCGUGCCCAAGCAGCUGAUGCCCUUGGAGCUGUACCCGCCCUACUGCAGUGGUGGCGGGAUGCUCAUGUCCGGCUUCACCGCCCGCGUCAUCUACCACGAAUCCCAGAGCAUCGACCUCUUCCCCAUCGAUGACGCCUACCUGGGCAUGUGCCUGAAGAAGGCAGGGCUGCGCCCCGCUUCCCACAAUGGCAUCCGGCUCUGGGGCAUCUACGUCCCCCCCAACAGGGACUCCUUCGACCCCUGCUACUACCGGGAGCUGCUGGUGGUGCACCGCUUCGUGUCCUACGAGACGGCCGCGAUGUGGCAGGCCAUCCACGAGCCCCAUCUGAGCUGCGGGAGGAAGGUGAUUUUCUCCUAGGGUGCUCGGUGUCUGGGAGGCACCAGGACAUGACGGUGCU